UAACUGCAAAAGACUACACUCGAAUAAAAUCAAAGCGGAGUGAUGGCGGAGAUGGCGGCCGAGAAGAAGAAGAAGAGGAGUUUGCCGGUGAUACCAUGGAUGAGAGAUCCCGUCGAUGUCAGUCUAUCCGAUUCAUGCCCGCUCAGCUCCAUUCCUUUCCUCGACUCCAGGUUAGAGACGGCGCUGCGGAGUAAGGGUUUCGAUUCGCUGUUUCCGGUGCAGGCAGCUGUUUGGCAUGAGACAAUCGGUCCAGGUUCAUUCGAGCGUGAUCUCUGCAUAAAUUCGCCUACGGGGAGCGGGAAGACCCUCGCGUAUGCUCUUCCGAUUGUGCAGAUGCUUUCCACCCGCACGAUUAAAUGCCUUAGAGCUCUGGUGGUGCUUCCGACUCGCGACUUGGCUGUGCAGGUGAAGGAAGUUUUUGCUGCUUUGGCACCUGCGGUGGGAUUGUCAGUGGGCUUAGCUGUUGGUCAAUCAUCUAUUGCUGAUGAAAUCUCAGAGCUCAUCACGAAACCUACAAUGGGUAUUGGUGUUUGUAGUGAUUCUGAUGAUUUCUGCCAGGAGAUAAGAAGUUCAGUAGACAUACUUGUAGCAACACCUGGACGGCUGAUGGACCACAUUAACCAUACCAAGGGCUUCACAGUCGAGCAUCUUUGUUAUCUUGUGGUUGAUGAAACAGACCGAUUACUUAGAGAAGCUUAUCAAUCCUGGCUGCCUACUGUCCUUCAGUUGGCACAGUCUUCAACUAAUAGUCAGUUUUCCUUUGGGGACGCCAUCAACCGCCCUGCAUUUGGCUUGCUAAAGACAGUUAGGAGUUUUGGUGUCGAGAAGGGCUUUAAGGGUAAGCCAUAUCCACGGCUUGCGAAGAUGGUUCUGUCAGCCACACUAACUCAGGACCCAAGUAAGCUCGCUCAACUCGAUCUUCACCAUCCAUUGUUCUUGACGACUGGAAAAAGCCGGUACCAGUUCCCUGAGAAUUUGAAAUCUUAUAAAGUGGUGUGUACAUCAAAGCUUAAACCACUUUAUCUACUUGCACUUUUGGGAACUUUGCAAGGGGAGAAAUGUAUUGUUUUCACUUCGUCUGUGGAGUCCAAUCACCGGCUCUGCACUUUGUUGAAUUUCUUUGAUGACCUUCAAAUUAAGAUUAAAGAGUACUCUCGUCUUCAACGUCAGUCUGUAAGAAGCAAAACAUUGAGGUCAUUUAGAGAAGGAGAAACACAAGUUCUUAUAUCCUCUGAUGCAAUGACUCGUGGAAUGGAUGUUGAAGGGGUUAAAAAUGUAAUCAAUUAUGAUAUGCCCCGAUUCAUCAAGACAUAUAUUCACCGUGCUGGUCGAACUGCGAGGGCAGGGCAGAGUGGCCGUUGCUUUACACUUCUGCGCAACGAUGAGGUUAUUCGAUUUAAGAAACUUUUACAAAAAGCCGACAACGAAUCCUGUGCCGAAUAUUCUGUUCCAUCUGAAUCUGUAGAGGCACUUCGUUCCAUGUAUACUACAGCUCUGGAGAGAUUGAAAGAGAGCGUUGAAUCAGAAAAGCACAAGAAAUCCAGGAUUAAUAUCAAGAGCCGCGGCGUUGCUAAGAAAAAUGACAAAUCAGCUUAAAGGAGCGAAAGAAUAUAGUUCAAUUAUCGGUGCAGUCCCAGUUCCCACCAGUUUCCUUUUGUCUCUGUACAAACAGCAGAUGGUGCUGAAGCAGUAGAGCAGUUUCCGGUCUCCCGAAAAUGAAAAUGGAGGUCGGAGGUGAAGUUGUUGCAUUUCUCUUUAGGCUACUGGUUUUCUUCAGUUUUGAUGAAUUGCUAUAGUUAUAGUGGAGUAUUAUUAUUUAUUUAUCAGCAUAAUUUUGUCAUCCCUAAUUUUCUCCCACAGCUAUUUAAUGAUAAUGCGAUAUAAUAUGUGUUGAUUUUGGUCCUAAGUUUCUUCAAUGCUGUACUUCACCCCAAUAGUUGUUUUAUACUAUUUCAAAUGUAUUUCUCACAUUAAAGAAUGUGUAUUUUUUCUAUGAUAUGUCAUGUCUUUUGAUUAAUGUCUCUUAAUUAUAUAGAGUGGAGUGUGAUAUUUAAUUAAAUUCUUUUUAAAAUGAUAUCUAGAAAUAGUGCUAAUUUAACGCAAAACCUUUACCGUAAAAGGUGGUUUCACUUCAAAUUUAUUACUCAAUAAAUCAAUCUAAAAGCUAAACAAACACAUGGCCUCUGCUUCUCCCACUGAUUUCUGCAUUUUAUUUCAGCCCAUAAUUUUCAACAUUGCUUUCCCUCAAAACUCGUAUAUAUAUACUGCAUGAGUUGGAAUACUAAAAACAUCAUCAUCCCACAACAUUCUCCAUCAAAUUCUAUUGCAAAUAAACUUCUGUUUCUCUCACUGAAAGGCCCCCUUUUUCCACAACAACCAUGAGAAAGCAAAUUAGCUACAUGCACCACUUCAAUUUCAUCGAGGUUGCGCCCUCACCGGUGAUUCGACCGCACAAGGUGUCGCAGGCCCUGAUGCUCAUGCACCACUUGAAUUUGACCGAGGUUGCGCCCUCGCCGGUGAUUCAACCACACAAGGUGUCGCAGGCACCGACGCUCGAGACAAUUGUCGAAGAAGCUGGACUGGAGAAGGAGGCUGCAACCAAGAUCAAGACCAUCUACUUCCUUCCCAUCAUCCUCUCCUUCCUCAUCUACGCGCUCAUGAGCAGAUUACCCGUCGUCUGACGCCCGAUCAGACGAAGCAGGCCUCAGCUGCUGUGGAUCCCAUAAAAGAAGGGGGUGAAACCGCGGCAGAUGUGCAGACGAAGCAAUGAAUAAUAUGCAUGUAUCAAGGGAUUUUCAAGCAUGUUGUGUAGAAAGGAAUGUGGAGAAAUGUAGGGAAAUUGCAAUGAAUCAAAAAAAACAGAAAAAGAAAAAAAGAUUCAUUUCAUCCAUAAUUUCCAUGUGAGAUGAGGUGAAACAAGAACUGGCCAUCUAUUGUUGAUAUCAGAUGGUCGAAUAGGAUAUCAAGAAUUAGGUUUAAGGUUAUUUGUAUAUAUUUGUUCAUACAUAUACAACUUAGGGGGGGGGUCAGAUGAAUGUUUCUUUCAUCUUCCCUAAAUUGUAGCUUUCAGUUUUACUACAUGAGGAAAUGUGUAAAUACAAAAUUGUUAUAAA